AUGCGAACCCGCCGCUCAGCCGCUCCCUCGGAGCAACCCCAACCCCAAUCCGACUCCGAACAAGCACCUCGACCACCACCAACCCAAACAACACCAAGCAAAACCUUCGUCCUCCCCUCCUCAGCCAGCGCCGACGCCCGCUUCCUCACCCUCCCCAACCCACGAACCAACGAACCCACCCGUUACUUCUUCAGCCCCAACCUCGGCGUCUACGAAUUCACCGUAAUCGCAUCGCCACCAAACGCCCCCCGAAGCACCCUACUCGCGCCCACCCCAAACAACACAUCCCCGCAAGCCCACAUCUCCAAAAAGGCCGAACUCCUCGUCGCCACUCCCAUUGACAUCCUCUUCUUCCUCGUUCCCCUCCUCUCCGCAACCCAGAAAACCAAAGGCCUGUUCCAACCCCUAGACGAUAUCAUCGACUCGCAGGACGAGCUCUCCGCCCAUUUCCGCCAUGUUCUUUACGACGAGACCUUCCAUGAGACUCUGCACGACCGCGCAGCUGCUAUCUGUGACUUUGUAGAAGCCGGCGAUGAGAAGAUGUUCCGGUUUAAUGAGACGAAACUUCUCACGGAACUUGUUAACAAGGCGGAUCGGAUGGUUUCCAUGGGCUUGCCACCGAGCUUGGAGGAGCGGUUUGUGAGGCAGGCGCUCGCUACGCCGUUGAUGGCGGUGAAGAGGGAGAAUGUUGCUGCUGGGGGCGAGAAUAAGGAGAAUGAGGCCGAGGCCGAGGCAGAGCAAGAAAAGAAGUCCGCGGACGAGUCUGCAACAACGAAGGAGCAAGUUCCCAAGGGACCAAGUGCGCCUGAUGGGGUUGCGGAUCUGCUGAGAAUAUCCACGGCAUUGGCCUUCAUGAAGGAGUGCUAUUUGUCGAAGCAGAUGAGCGCCAGGAUGGAUGAGAUGCUGGCUGCGCCGGAGAGCCCGAAAGAUUUCAAGCCGAUGAAAGAUCAUUUGGAGGUCGCGGCGAAGUUGCGCGCGGAGGCGCUCGCGUCGCGGUCACUGGGGGAUUUCACCCGCAAGCGGAGUGCAGAGGAUCAGGAGGCCGCGGAAUCGCGGGCGGAGAAGAAGCGGAGGCAGGAGGAAGAGGAGAAGAAGAAGAAGGCGGGCGAGUCGAGGGGUGUUCGUGACUUGAAGAAGGUGAAUACCGUCGGCAUGAAGAAGAUGAGUGAUUUCUUCGGCAAGGCGGCUGCGAAGAAGAAG